GAACAUACUGAUUACACGCAUUCUAGUGGCUUCCGUUUCGCGGCUGGCAUGUUGGCUAUCCAGUUGUCGCCGUCUUUCACUAGCAUCCGCUCGUAUAGCUUGAAGCUAGGUCAAUUAGCGUAAGCAAAGAGUUCAGAGCGUAGAUAGUCGCUAGUUGAGCGUUAGACACGAACCGGGCUGUGCUUGCACCCCACCUGUGACGCGCUCGCCGGUGCUGUUCUGCCCGCUGCGCUGGUUUGGCGGAGAGAGAGCAACGGCCCCUCAAGUAGUAAACCAUCACUUGCAGCUGCAGAGCUCGACACAGCGGCAAUCUCCGGCGCAUUAGCGCCCUAUGUCCGUCACGGCAGCCAGGCAUCAUCUACCGCUACUACCGGUUACACCUGCAGCCGCCAAGCCAGCACCUACCUACUGCUGUGCUAGCCAGAGCUUUCCCGUGGAGGACGGCAAUAGCGCCACGGCUGAGCAAGGGUCUGGAGAUUACAGGAGUCAUGAAUGAUCAUCCAGUAGCAGGGUUGGGAACAGCGCCAGCCAUUGCCUGUGCUGGUCGUGACGGGGCAGCGCCAGCCGCUGCAGCCGCCACCACCCCUCACGGCGCCCCCAGCCCGGUUCCAGCGACCUUUAGUACCAGCACCAUAGCUGGCCACCUUAAAUCGGCGCAGCUCGCCAAAGCCACUCUUGCACCCCAGGACCGCGACGGUGGGCCGGCACCGCCGCCGCCGCCGCCAGGCCGCCCACCACCGCCGCUUCCACCGCCAUCACCGCCGCCGCCCACGCGGCUGCAGUCCUGGGAAGAGGUGCUGGGUCUGCUCCGGGGCUUCAGCGAGACACACCUGCUGGUGGGCUUCGGCGAUGUGGCGCAGUACGCGGACGUGGGGGCGGCGGUGGCGGAGCUGGAGCCGCGGCUGGAUGAGGUGCAGCGCCGCACAGCCGGCCGGUGGCUGCUGCUGUACGGCGGGGACCCCACCACCCCCGCCAAGCCCAACGUGGGGGUGCUGGUGCGGCUGCUGGCGGAGCGGUGGGGCUGCCCGGUGCUGGCGCCCAUCAUUGACACGCGUGCCACAGGCAGCAGUAGCUGCGGCCAGCCGCCGCUACAGCAGCCGCUUCAGCCGGCGAGUAGCCAGGCGCACCUUACCUACUACUAUGUGCUGCCUGCCCAGUACUCGGAUGACGUGGACCGGGAGGCCGCCGCGGCCUCUGAUGGUGCUGCUACAGCCGCAGUAACCACGACACCCGGCAGCAGCAGCAACGUCAUCAGUGGCAGUAGCAUCCUCGGCAAGCGAAGAGCCGAGGCUGAGCCCGAAGCGGAGGGCGCUGGCGUGGAGGCCGCGGCCGGGAGGGUAAUCGCGGCGCCGGGCACGGCAGGUUCACCCGCAGUAGCAACAAUACCCGCAGCGGCAAUGACAGGGACAGGCGCAGCAGCGGUAGAAGCAGCAGCACCUGCACCCGACCGCGGCUCCAUCCUGUGGGGCGGGCUGCGGCACGGCCGGCCUGUGGGCGCCUCCGCCUUCUACCUGCAUGACGACCUACUAGGGCUGGGGCGCGGCAAGCAGAAGGAGGAUGGUGGUGGCGGCGGCGGCAGCGGCGGCGAUGCUCCGCCGAGGCGUCUGCUCACGAGUGUGAUUGCGGCAGGCGGUGGCGACAUCGCGGUGCAGGAGCUGCAGUACCUGCAUGAGCGCGGCGUGCCAUGCACGUACGUGCCCUGCCCGUCGCGGUUCCCACCCGCGCACUACACCUCGCCGUUUGGGCCCGUGCACGAUUGGGCCGCGGCAACACGGGGCAUGCCUCCGUCGUACCAGCCGCCGCCACCGCUGCAGAUCGAAGAUGCGGAGCCGCAAGCGGUGAGCGUGGGGAAAUGAGCCACAACCUCAGGCAGGUUGUAGCCUAAAUUGCGACCUGAGUGUCCUAGCGGAAUCUCCUGAUGAAAGCAACGCGCAGCGUGUAGCCUGUGAGCUUGCAUGAGUUAGGCGUUGGGUUCGUUUUUCUCGUGUAUGCGUCGGCUUGCUUGGUUGCGAUGAGGUGCAAGCUGUGUCGACAGCAUAAGACAGCACUGCGUGCCGGCGUGCUGUACCCCUGCAUAUGUGUGGGCGGAACGCGGAAGUUCUACGACACACAAGUAUAUAACCCUGCGGACGGCGCCCUGGGGCAUCUAGGUGUGGCUUUUGCCGACUAUCCUGCUACAAUAUGAUAUGACGCCCAGAGGCCAGUUGCAGUGGCGCUGCAAAAGGUUGAAUUCCAUGGAGUAUGUAGAGGAACAAGAGCAGUACGUACGGGUAUGUUGGCUACAAUGCGGUGCGGGGGCGGUAUCCCCAGGGGACGGAUGCAAAUACAGGGCAGUACAGGGGGGGGGGCGUGAGGCUCCCUGCCCGAGGCCAACUGGCAGUCGGGCACGGCACGCCGCCUGGGCCAUCGUCCCCCGACGAAUGUAGUUAUUUAAUUUUGUGUCUCAAGUACAUGUGUACACCAUUUGAGCUCGCCAGCGUGCAUGAGCGUCGAUCGACCUAAGACCAAGCGUGAAAGCCAAAAACCCAGACCGCCUUGGUGCUGAAUCAAGAAUCCUCUUGCUCGGUUUCUAUAUAAGUCCAUGUAACUUGCAUAACCC